UCGUCCCCUCCCCUUUUCCCCUCUUCCUCUUUCCUUUCUCUCUCACACACUCACACACUGCAAUUGCUCCCAACUCACACCUCUUUCUCUUUCUCUGUCUCUCUCUCACACUUUUUUUUUUCUCUUUUUGUUUUUGUGGAGGGGAAAUAUCAGAAGGGCCUAUUCUGUCUUUCUUUUUCUUUCUAUUCUCUCAUUCUCCCAUUCUCCACCUUCCCUUCCCCCCGUUUUCUCUCUCUCUCUCUCUCCCCCUCCUCUCUGCAUUUCCAUUUUCUUAUUCUUUUUCUAUCCCAUUUUCUAAAUAUCAUAAAUAAAUAAGCCAGUCUAGUCAAAUUGAGGUGGGGGGGAGAGAGCGGGAAGGCGGGGGUGGGGGUUGGUAGGACUGGGACCCGAAUCAAAAUGGAAAUUCCGGCAGCAGCAAUUCUUCUUUUAGGAGGAAUUGUUGAUGCCAGUGUUAGCCGUUGGUGAUGGAAAUCAUCGUCACAGCGAUUCUUCUAAAAUUAUUAGUAUUAUUAUUAUUAUUAUUAUUAAUAAAAUUAAAAUCAGCAGCAGAAGCAGAAUCAGCAUGGAUUUCGAUUCCGGAAUUCCCAUUUCCCGAGCAUCUGUCGUCGCCGAAGGUUCUUCCUCUCUCGACCAAGAUGCUCUAUGGCAAAUUAACUUGAGGUCAAGGGAACCAAUGGAAGCUGGGACUUAUCCUGUACGUGAAGGUGAACCAGAUUGUUCUUACUACAUCAGAACAGGUCUAUGCAGAUAUGGUGCAACAUGCCGAUUUAAUCAUCCUCCUAAUAGAAAAUUGGCUAUUGCCACAGCAAGGAUGAGAGGAGAAUAUCCAGAAAGAAUGGGACAACCAGAAUGUCAGUAUUACUUGAAGACAGGAACUUGCAAGUUUGGCGCCACGUGCAAGUUUCAUCAUCCUAGAGAAAAAGCUGGGAUUGCUGGAAGAGUUACCUUAAACGCCUUGGGCUACCCACUUCGCCCGAAUGAGAUUGAAUGCGCUUAUUAUUUGAGAACUGGACAUUGCAAGUUUGGAAGCACCUGUAAGUUUCACCAUCCUCAGCCAGCUAAUAUGAUGGUCUCUGUUCGUGGUUCUCCUGUUUAUCCUUCUGUUCAUUCGCCGACAAAUCCUGGACAACUGUCAUAUCCCUUGUCAAGAGCUUCUUUUAUUCCCAAUCCACGCUGGCAGGGUCCUUCAAGUUAUGCUCCGGUUCUUGUUCCUCAGAGCAUGGUUUCAGUCUCUGGAUGGAAUGCAUACAGUGGUCAGCUGGGUUCAGGUUCCUCGGCAGAGAGCCAGCAGCAAACAGCAGGAAAUGACCAAACUCAUGGAAUGGUAGGCCAAUCUGAAGCAGCAAAUGUGGGAUCACAAGGGAUACAUUCUUCUUAUAGCUCUUCUUCUUUACCUAUUGGGUAUUAUGCAUUACAGUUACAGAGGGAGACGGUGUUUCCUGAGAGGCCUGGACAGCCUGAGUGCCAAUUUUACAUGAAGACUGGAGACUGUAAAUUUGGUGCUGUGUGCAAGUUCCAUCACCCAAGAGAGAGGAUUCUUCCAGCUCCAGACUGUGGCUUGAGUCCAAUUGGACUUCCAUUGCGUCCUGGAGAACCUUUGUGCAUUUUCUACUCUCGAUAUGGAAUCUGCAAAUUUGGCCCGAGUUGCAAGUUUGACCAUCCGAUGGGUGUCUUUACAUAUAAUGUUUCAUCAUCUUCAACUGAGCCUCCUACUGUGCGGCGGUUAUUGGGUUCAUCAUCUGGAACUGGUCCCUUAACAUUGGCAUCAGAAGGUCUUGUUGAAGCAAGCUCCACUAAGAGCAGGCUAUUGCCAUUGUCAGAGGCAAGAAAACCCUCUGGUGAUACUAGCAUUGAUCCAGAGGAAUGACUAGUUCCUCCAAAUAUGAUCCAGUUAAAAGCAUUUUCCAUCUUUUAGAGGACAAGAGUGCUUCUCUGUAAAUUUUCUCCAUUGCUGGAGAUGUACAGAAAUCAGUUGAAGUCAAACUGUUCUUCUGAAAUGAACUAGGUUGACUUAUUUAAACUUCGUUUUGCUGCAUUGUAUAAAUCUGCAGAUAUGUAUCACUUUUGGUGAAACCAAUUGUGACAGUUAAGAUAAAGUCCACCAAUCCUCUUUCUGGUUUUUGUGAA